UCUGUCUCACUUUCUCAGUUUCACUCUCUCUCUCAGCUCUGCCGCAGCCGCUUUUGAGGCUUUGUUUCUCGAGAGUCUCCUACUUUUGCUCACGAGUUGCCAUUUCCCGAUCAACUUUGGUCUCUCGCUGUCUCUCGAUUUCUCUCCGGCGAUACCCGGAUCUCUCUAUCUCUCAUCAUCGGAAGAUAAGCAGUCUUUCUGAUUGGAUCCUCGAUUCCCUUUCUCGCCGUUCACGGUGUCGGUUAGGGUUGGGUCCCCUCUCCUUCGCUGCUUUCCUUUUCCAUUUCCAAGUCCAAUUUUGAAAUUCCAAUAUCCCGGAGCUUUUGUUUCGCUUAGAUCUGGGACUUACUUUUUGCCGGCUCCAGUCGCUGAUUGAUUUCUCUUUCUACUUUUUUUCUUUUUUUUUGAGCCUUGUUUUGUAAUCAAUUGAUUUUCUCUUGUUUUCCUUCUCCGUUGCAAAGAAAUGCUGACCUAGUUCCGAUUUCAUCGAAUAUUAUUCUUGUUCGGUCGAAAUAUUUGGGGGUUUUGGGGGUCGCAGCUUCUUCCCCUGAAUCCAGGUGGGAAGUAAAAUCCGCGUUUGGUUAGGAGGAAUCUUGGCUUGGCGAUUGAGUUCCGGAAAAGUUUUUGUUUCAGUCCUGCAACUUCCAUUGGUGUUCCAUUCAUCAGAUAUAUUUUCCGUCACUUUCCCGGGAGUCCCCUUAACUACGGCAUCAUAUCGAACUACAAAUUUAUAUCAUAGCAAAAUAGGAAUGUUUUUUAUUCAGUUGCAAUUUCCGAAACGUUUGCUUCGGCUUUUCUUGGCAAUAUGCUGAACCAGAUUUCGCUUUCCGAAGCAACCCAAGAAUUCAUGCUUGUGCCCUCUACAUGUUUGAUAUAUAUGUAAUUCAGCUUCAGCCUGUGAUGAAUAAAUAAUUGAAUAUCCAGAGUCGCGUUCUCCCAUGGAAGAAGAGCUGGAAACAAACAAGGGCGGUCCUCUUCUGCAAUGGACCCAAUGGCAACUGCUGGAUUCGAUUCUCCCCACAGGCGGCUUCGCCCAUUCCUUCGGUCUCGAAGCAGCAAUUCAAGCGCGAAUGGUAUCUUCCACUGAAGAUCUUCGAACUUACGUGAUCCACGCAUUAGACAACACGGGAAGCCUUCUUCUCCCCUUCGUUUACUCUGCAACCAUCUCCCCGGAUCUGCAAAUUUGGCUCAAUCUCGACAGAGUCUUGGACGCAACUUUGACAAAUGAAGUGGGCCGGAAAGCGUCGACGGCGCAAGGCUCGGCGCUCAUGAGAGUGGGGGCGGCCGUGUUCUCGGAGAUUCCCUCUCUGAAGCCGAUGAGAGACGCGUCUCUUGCUCGCGGCGUCGCUUUCCACCACGCUCCCGUCUUCGGGCUCGUGUGCGGGCUGCUCGGCUUCGAUUGCGAAACUGCUCAGAGGGCUUACAUGUUUGUGACAAUGAGAGACAUAAUCUCGGCGGCGACCAGGCUGAAUCUUGUAGGGCCGCUUGGCGCGGCGGUGUUGCAGCAUCAACUGGCCGUUGAUGCGGAGGAUAUGUUGAAGAGAUGGAUGAACCGCGCGGUUGAGGAUUCAUGCCAAACUGCUCCUUUGCUCGACACGGUUCAAGGCUGCCAUAGUUACUUGUUCUCCAGGUUGUUUUGUUCCUGAAUCAGUUGACGGCGUUGUAACGGUAAGAUGGGUAAACUUUUUUUUAGUAGCGUUUAUGCUUGAUAGUGUUUAAGUAAUUGAUAGCAUUUAAAUUGAGUAGCAUUUAAGCUAAUAACAUGUUUGGAUAGAUAUACUUUUAAACUAUUAAUGAAUAUUUAUGUGUUUUGUUUGUAAAAGCAGAUAAGUUAUCAAAAUUUAACAAAAAGAUUAAAAUAGAUAUAUUGCUCAAUAAUAGGAAUAAAAUUAAAAAAAUAUUAAAUUUUAAUUAAAAAAUUAAAUAUAUUAAUAUAACAUACAUUAAUAUUUAUAAUAUAUGUUAUAUAUAUAUAUAUAUAUACAUACACAAUGAACCAACAAUGGAGGCAACAAGAUUGGCAGAUGGAGACAACGAGAUUGGUAGAUGGGGGUGAUGGCGACCACGAGAGAAGGCGGACGACAGGCUCGGGCGAUGGACAACGAACGACAAGUUGGGGUGACGACAACAGUGACAGCUGAGGUGCUGGACGACGAGCGAUGAGGAUAGUUGGGGUGACGGCGAGCGCAAUUGCAGUGGACGACGCGACUGUGGCUGUUAGAGAAGGUCUGGCGGUAGGGGAAUGGCGUUGCAGAGGAUGACGAAGAUGGGGGUAUGGGUUGGAAAUAGGAAGAAUAUAUAAGGGUAAAUUCGUAAAUGAAUCAGUCAACUCAGCUUUUAAAGAAUAAAGCUUUUGCAAAAGCUGGCCCAAUGUGGCUUUUUUCAAAUAUUGUUGGAGUAGCGUUUAAGUUACCCAGCGUAAACGCUCUUAAAUGCAUCCAAAUACUCUAAUAGCUUUUCUUAAUAGUUUAUAAGGUGUUAAUACAGCUUAAAAGCGAUCAAACCGCAUAGCCAAACGAAACCUAAGUAGGCCCUCUAGUUUCCAAUCUAGCCAAUCUAAUAAUAAAUUACAAUUGAAUGAAUUUAAGAAAUAAAUCUCUUAAUUACAAUGAAACUCAUAAUAUAAAUUCAAAGGCUUAGUUUUUAAUAGGGAUGGCAAUUGCAACCGAAAUCGUGGGGAACCGAACCGAAACCGAACCGGUCAACGCGGUUAAAAACCGUUUGACUGGGUAAUGAUUUAGUUCGGGGAAAAAUCGAACACUGUUUCAAUGGGUAUGGUUUGGUUAUGAUUUUCACUAAAAUCAAACCAAAACCCGAACCGAAACCGAACCGAAUGGUGGGUAACCGAACCGAACCGAAUAUAUAUAUAAUAUAUAUUAUAUACAAUCCCAUCCACCUAAACCCAGCCCACCUGAGACUAGCCCACCCCAGCCCAAUUGCCUUGCUUGCAAACCCUUCUCCCCUUCUCUUCUCAUUCCUCUCUCAACCUCGCUUUCACUCUCUCUCACCCUCGCUGCCUCUCGCUCGUUCGCCCGCUCUCGCCCUUACUCUCUGCAUAUCUCUUGCUCUUGCUCGCCCUCGUUGGAUCUCUCUUGCUCUCGCUAGGGCUUGGCCCCUACUCUCGCUUGCCCUCAAUCUCUCUCACCUUUUCUGCCUCAUUUCUCUUGCUCCUUCGCGCGAGCUCGCCAAUCGUCCUUGCUCUCUGCAUCUCUCUUACUCUCACUCGCUCUCGCUAGAUCUCUCUUGCUCUCGCUAGGGCUUGGCCCCUCUUGCUCUCACUCGCCCUCGCUAGGGCUUGGCCCCUCUUUCUUCAUAUUAAUUUAUUUUUUAUAUUUAUAAUUUUGUUAGAUGGAGUUGGCUCAU